UGGCGGGGCCGCCUUCGGGUGCAGGAGCGCGCUCGUGCCCAGAGGCUGGACUCCGCUGCCGGGCGUGCCGUCUCCCCCGGAGAGCCCGAAACGCCGGCCAUGGCCGAGGGCGCGGCGGGCAGGGAGGGUCCCGCGCCGCCCGACGCAGCCGGAUGUGAAGACGACCCCCGAGUGGGUCCGGACGCCGCCUCGGGCGAAGGCGUGGCUGGGGCCCCCGGGGGCCGGUGGAGGGACCGUCGCAGCGGGGUCGCGCUGCCGGGUGCCGCGGGGGCUCCGGCGGACAGCGAGGCGGGCCUCCUGGAGGCCGUGCGGGCGACCCCCCGGCGCAGCAGCAUCAUCAAGGAUCCUUCAAACCAAAAAUGUGGUGGAAGAAAGAAAACAGUAUCGUUCAGCAGUAUGCCAUCGGAAAAGAAAAUUAGCAGUGCGAAUGACUGCAUCAGCUUCAUGCAAGCUGGCUGUGAACUGAAGAAAGUCCGGCCAAAUUCUCGUAUUUAUAACCGUUUUUUCACUCUGGACACAGACCUCCAAGCUCUUCGCUGGGAACCUUCCAAGAAAGACCUUGAGAAAGCUAAGCUCGACAUUUCCGCUAUAAAAGAGAUCAGACUGGGGAAGAACACAGAAACAUUUAGAAACAAUGGUCUGGCUGACCAGAUUUGUGAGGACUGUGCCUUCUCCAUACUCCAUGGGGAAAACUACGAGUCUCUGGACCUAGUUGCCAAUUCAGCAGAUGUAGCAAACAUCUGGGUGUCAGGUUUACGGUACCUGGUUUCUCGAAGUAAGCAACCCCUUGACUUUAUGGAGGACAACCAGAACACGCCAAGGUUUAUGUGGUUGAAAACAGUGUUUGAAGCGGCAGAUGUGGAUGGGAAUGGGAUUAUGUUGGAAGACACUUGUGUAGAGUUGAUAAAACAACUCAACCCUACCCUGAAGGAAUCCAAGAUCAGGUUAAAGUUUAAAGAAAUCCAGAAGAGCAAAGAAAAACUAACCACACGAGUGACAGAAGAGGAAUUUUGUGAAGCUUUUUGUGAACUUUGCACCAGGUCUGAAGUAUAUUUCUUACUGGUCCAGAUAUCUAAGAACAAAGAAUAUUUGGAUGCCAAUGAUCUCAUGCUCUUUUUAGAAGCUGAGCAAGGAGUCACCCAUAUUACUGAGGAUAUGUGCUUAGACAUUAUUCGGAGAUACGAACUUUCUGAAGAGGGUCGCCAAAAAGGGUUUCUUGCGAUUGAUGGCUUUACCCAGUAUCUGUUGUCGCCAGAAUGUGACAUUUUUGAUCCUGAGCAAAAAAAGGUUGCCCAGGAUAUGACGCAGCCAUUAUCUCACUACUACAUCAGUGCUUCCCACAACACCUAUCUCAUAGAAGACCAGUUCAGGGGGCCGGCUGAUAUUAAUGGGUACGUUAGAGCUUUGAAGAUGGGCUGUCGAAGCAUUGAACUUGAUGUUAGUGAUGGUUCAGACAAUGAACCAAUCCUCUGUAAUCGAAAUAAUGUGACAACACACCUUUCCUUUCGAAGUGUCAUAGAGGUGAUAAAUAAAUUUGCCUUCGUUGCUUCUGAAUACCCACUCAUCCUCUGCUUGGGAAAUCACUGCUCCCUACCACAGCAGAAGAUAAUGGUUCAACAGAUGAAAAAGGUCUUUGGCGAUAAGCUCUAUACUGAGGCACCUUUGCCAUCAGAAACCUACCUCCCAUCACCGGAAAAAUUGAAAAGAAUGAUUAUUGUGAAAGGAAAGAAAUUGCCUUCUGACCCAGAUAUUUUGGAAGGAGAAGUAACAGAUGAAGAUGAAGAAGCGGAAAUGUCGCGAAGGCUGUCGGUAGAUUACAAUGGCGAGCAGAAACAAAUCCUGCUGUGUAGGGAACUCUCCGAUCUGGUGUCCAUCUGCAAGUCUGUUCAGUAUAGGGAUUUUGAACUGUCUAUGAAAAGCCAAAACUAUUGGGAAAUGUGUUCAUUUAGUGAAACAGAGGCCAGCCGAAUUGCAAAUGAGUACCCAGAGGAUUUUGUAAAUUACAAUAAGAGGUUCUUAUCGAGAAUCUAUCCAAGUGCCAUGAGGAUUGAUUCCAGUAACUUGAAUCCACAGGACUUUUGGAAUUGUGGCUGUCAGAUUGUGGCAAUGAAUUUUCAGACUCCAGGUCCAAUGAUGGACCUUCACACAGGCUGGUUUCUUCAAAAUGGAGGCUGUGGUUAUGUUCUAAGGCCAUCCAUCAUGCGGGAUGAAGUUUCUUACUUCAGUGCGAACACAAAGGGCAUCGUACCUGGGGUGUCUCCUCUCGCCCUUCAUAUCAAGAUCAUCAGUGGUCAGAAUUUUCCAAAGCCCAAGGGAGCUUGUGCCAAAGGAGAUGUCAUAGAUCCCUACGUUUGUAUAGAGAUACAUGGAAUUCCAGCAGACUGUUCGGAACAAAGAACUAAAACUGUCCAACAGAACAGUGAUAACCCCAUUUUUGAUGAAACUUUUGAGUUUCAAGUCAACCUACCUGAGCUGGCCAUGAUUCGUUUUGUUGUUCUGGAUGAUGACUACAUUGGGGAUGAGUUUAUAGGACAAUACACAAUACCAUUUGAAUGUUUGCAGCCUGGAUAUCGGCAUGUUCCCCUGCGAUCUUUUGUGGGUGACAUCAUGGAGCAUGUAACCCUUUUCGUCCACAUAGCAAUAACUAACCGAAGUGGAGGAGGAAAGGCGCAGAAGCGCAGCCUGUCGGUCAGAAUGGGGAAGAAAGUUCGGGAAUACACCAUGCUCAGGAAUAUCGGCCUUAAGACCAUAGACGACAUCUUUAAAAUAGCAGUUCACCCCUUACGAGAAGCCAUAGAUAUGAGAGAAAAUAUGCAGAAUGCCAUAGUGUCUAUUAAGGAACUGUGUGGACUUCCUCCAAUUGCCAGUCUGAAACAGUGCCUGUUGACCCUGUCCUCCCGGCUCAUCACCAGUGACAAUACUCCUUCAGUCUCUCUUGUGAUGAAAGAAAACUUCCCUUAUCUGGAGCCUCUGGGGGCAAUUCCAGAUGUGCAGAAAAAAAUGUUGGCUGCUUAUGAUCUGAUGAUUCAAGAGAGCCGGUUUCUCAUAGAAAUGGCAGAUACAGUCCAGGAAAAGAUUGUGCAGUGUCAGAAAGCAGGGAUGGAAUUCCAUGAGGAACUUCAUAAUCUAGGGGCAAAAGAAGGCUUGAAAGGAAGAAAACUCAACAAGGCAACUGAGAGCUUUGCUUGGAACAUUACAGUAUUGAAGGGCCAAGGAGAUCUGUUGAAGAACGCCAAGAAUGAAGCUGUAGAAAACAUGAAGCAGAUCCAGCUGGCGUGCCUGUCCUGUGGACUUAGUAAAGCACCCAGCAGUGGUGCAGAAGCCAAGAGCAAACGCAGCCUGGAAGCCAUAGAGGAGAAGGAGAGCAGCGAGGAGAAUGGGAAGCUGUGACCAUGAGCAGUGCCGACACGCUCACCCAGCCUUC